GCAAGAUGUAGCUGUGCAGUCUAUCUCUCCAUAGCUGCUUUAGGGGGGCUGGCAACGUGGCUCAGCAGGCUUGCCCCAGAGCCAUGGCAAAGAAUGGACUUGUAAUUUGCAUCCUGGUGAUCACCUUACUCCUAGACCAAACCACCAGCCUUACAUCCAGAUUAAAAGCCAGGAAGCACAGCAAACGCCGCGUGAAAGACAAGAAUGGAGAUCUGAAGACUCAAAUUGAAAAGCUCUGGACAGAAGUCAAUGCCUUGAAGGAAAUCCAAGCCCUGCAGACAGUCUGUCUCCGAGGCACUAAAGUUAACAAGAAAUGCUACCUUGCUUCAGAAGGCUUGAAGCAUUUCCAUGAGGCCAACGAAGACUGCAUUUCCAAAGGAGGAAUCCUGGUUAUCCCCAGGAACUCCGAUGAAAUCAACGCCCUCCGAGACUAUGGUAAAAGGAGCCUGCCGGGUGUCAAUGACUUUUGGCUGGGCAUCAAUGACAUGGCGACCGAAGGCAAGUUUGUUGACGUCAAUGGAGCCGCUAUCUCCUUCCUCAACUGGGACAGUGCACAGCCUAACGGUGGCAAGCGGGAAAAUUGUGUCCUGUUCUCUCAGUCAGUUCAGGGCAAGUGGAGUGAUGAGGUCUGUCGCAGCAACAAGAGGUACAUAUGCGAGUUCACCAUCCCUUAAUAGGCCUUUCUCCAGUGUGUCCUCCAAGCAAGAUUCAUCGUAACUUAUAAGUUGAUGAUCUCUAACAAGUAAAAAUUAUCAUUUUUACUUAUUAAAAAAUUGA